UUAACUGAAGAUGCUAUAUUAACACGAUAGAAUGAUAUUUUAUCAUCAGUUAAUGCAUAUUCUCUUCUGAAUAUUCUCUUUGUUCUCCUCUACUUGUCUUCUUGCUUAGUCAUUUCCUGUAAUAGUACCCAUUUAUGGACAUAUAUGUAUGUUAGACAAGAAAUUAAAAUUUCUGAAAAUUUAAAACUUUUCUAUUACAAACUCAAAUCUCAUUUAUUUAUCUGCAUUGUUUUAAAGCAAACUUAAAAUUUUCGUUUCUCUUAGUAGAAAUUCAAUUUUCAUUUUUUCAUGUUAGAAAAUAUUAAAUAUUUCUCAGUAUAUAGCAUAAACUUUGUUAUUUUUAUAUUUCAAAAAUGCGAAGAUUAAACUAGACAUUCGAAGAUAGUUUGGUUUGUAAUCAAUGACAUUUAACACCACAUUGCAAUUUUGCACAUAUAUUUUGCAGCUCUCAAUAAAUGUUGUUCUUGGUAAUGUUGUUCAAUCGACAUCACAUAAAUUACCAAAAGUUACACUUGAAUAAAUUCAAAAGAUCGAGUAUUGAACAUUAUGGAGAGAUUAUACAUAUUGGUGAACAUAAUAUAUGUAUAUAUUUAUAGAGAAAUUUAUAUUUUUAUUCUAUAGUCAUAAGAAUAUAAUACAAGAAUAUCUACUUAACUAAUGUACAUAACCUUGAUUGAAAUGUAUAUUUUUAGUUCAUUUUGAUCUUCUCUAUCGAUUCUACCAAAUGGAAAAGAUGUUUUGAUUUUUCUAAUAGAAAAAAACUUAUGUUAUGAUGUUUUCUAGAAGAUUUUAAAAGAUUCCUAGUCUUCUAUAAUCUCCGAUUCGAGCCAUUACCGAUGAACUGUAGUAUUCUUAUCAUGCUUUGAUGAAUGCAGAAUUCACAAGAAGUAUUCAUUAUUGUAUAUGAAUAUAGAACCAAAACAAAUUAGAAUUUCUCGACGGAGAGUUUUGAAAUGUUCGUUCCAAUUUAUCCAGUACAUUGACAUUUAGUAUCGCAACAACAACAUAUUGAGUAAGAUAUGUUUUCCAACCAAUAUAAAAUUGUUUUAUUCCAAAUUGUUGUAGUAUUGUUUUGAACAAAUUUUUGCUUUUAUGUUUUUAAAUAAUCAACUACAUCAGUGACCAGGCAUAUUGAUGCGAUGAAUGGAUGUGGAGAGAGGAGAUACUAGAAACAUGAUAUAUGUUACAGUUUAAAUUGAAGUUCCAGUUUUUAUCAAGCAAAAUUAGAAUCUUAUUUUCAUAAACUAUAAAACUGGAAGAAAGAAAACAACAUCAAAACCGGGAAUGAGAUCAAAGAUGAUGGCGAGGAUGAGAGAAAAGGUACUGUUUUAAUAUUCGCGCUCAGUAGCCUUGGUUAGAUCAAGAAAACUCUUGACAAGAGUUAGUUUUUGAGUUAAAUUAAGGUUUUACGCCAUUAUUUCCUCUAAUGUCAACCAUCCCACAUGAUCCAAACUCACAUCCCAGUCGAACUCAGAACAAUUUAAUCUAUUGAGAACCACUACAUAAAACUCAGAAGUACUAUGCCUUCAACUACGAUGAUUAUUCUCUGAAACCAUUUCAUUUUCUGGAAAAGUAAUGAUUUUCUUCUUCUUCACUUCUCAUAUUACUUCAGAAAAAUUUAAAAUUGCUUUAACGGAUUCACUUAUUAAGAUUUAAUAUAGAAAUAUCAACAACAGAAUACUUGCACAUGUAACAUUUUGGUGAACGACGAGGAAAUAGGUAGGUGCUUUCACAUAUUGUGUCUCAUAUAAAUGCAAUCGUCUAACUCUUACUAUUGUAUUUAUGUACAUAGACUCUGUUCGUGUAUAUUACCUAUACUGUACGGAACAGAAUCUCUCAUGCAGCGAACGAAAUAAGAGUAAAUACAUUGAAUGAUAAAUGUCAAGCAAAAAUGGAAAGAGCAAAAAAACAUUAACUCACAAUCCCAUAUAUUACCUAGAUUGAUGAUGAAUAAUCAAUAAUUUUGGCGAAUACCUGUUAUGAAUAACGGGUUCUCGUUAUUUUCGAUUAUUCAUAUGUUCUUAUUCAAUAAAAUAAUAACCAUCUAUAUAGUACCUUAUAAAAAGACAGGAUUUCAAACAAUUUGUAUCAAAUACAGACCACCUUUAUUUCUGAUUAUUAACAUACAAUUAUUUUCAUGUUCUCUACAUACAUACUAUUUCUAUUUUACUUUAUAAGUUCUGGCUCUUAUAUAGAUGCAUUUAUUCCAUAUCCAGUUGUUGCAGAUGGUGCUCAAACCGCUGAUAGUAUUACACAUACAGAAAUUACACAAGCUGGCUUUAUUCGUUGUCUAGCUCGUUUCUUUUAUGAUACACGAAUUAAACCCAAUAAUAAUAAUGGAAACACUGUCAAUGAACAAACAUAUUUUACUGAACAACAUACUGUUGAUGACCUUUAUAAACUUGCUUAUCCUCAAUAUAAUGAAGUACAACUAGAAUUACAUUCACUUCCACUAAAAUUUGUUCUUGAUUUUGUUAUGACGGAAAAUGCUCUUGUUGAUUUUGAUCUAAGAACAAAGAAACUUUCAGCAGCACAUUUUGAUAGUGAAGCAUUUAUAAAUGGUAGUCGACGUAUUCUUCAACUUAGACAAAUAGUUGUAAAUGAUACACGUACUAGUGGAAAAGAUUUAACUAAUGCACGUCAAUCACUCGGACGAUUACUUCAUACAUUACAAGAUUUUUAUUCACAUUCAAAUUGGAUUGAAAUGGGUCAAACGAAUAUUAACGAUCUUAUUGGUAUAAACGAAAUUAUUGGUUCAGUUGCUGGUCGAAAUCAACCAACGUGUACAAAUAAUGGAUGUACAAGAAUAGAAAAAAAAUGUGCUCUUUGGCAACGAAUUACAUAUAGAAAAUGUCCUCUCGUAUAUUAUGACUGUAAAAAUAAUAUUUUAUCACAAAUUAAUGAUCAACAGUUACUUACAAGUGGAUAUCUUUUUAAUCAAUCCAAUGAAAAUUAUGAUCUAUUAAGUAAACCAACAAAUGUUGAAAAAUGUUCUCAUGGUGGAGUAAUUGAUGAUUCAGCACAUGUACCAGCUAUUGGUGGAAUCAAUAAAGAUUCUAAUACUUUGAUUCUUUCACCUCAUUCUUAUCUUCAUUUCAAAGCAGUAGCCUUAGCUGUGAAAGCGACUGAACAAUUUCUCAAUAAUCUACGUAAAGAUAUUGGAGAUACAAAUUUUAAUGAACUUUUUAUCAUUAACCCAACACCAGCACAAUCAAAAAUCGUAUCAGAUGCAGUUGAAAAUGGACAUCGAUUUCGAUUUUUUACAUCAUUUUAUUCAGCUAGCUCGAAAGAAAGUGAUAAUCUUUUUACAGAUCUGAAAAAUUGGAUAAAAAAACGUGUUAAUAUGCUUAAAUUAAUAGUAACUGGUAUAUUUACUGAUGAAAAAAGUCUUGAUAUUCCAACAUAUGAUCUCAGUAGCCUAGGAGUUGAUGCUAAUGAUCCAGAUAAUUUCCGUGCAGCACCUUAUAUUCUUCGAACUGAAAACGUCGGACACAAGAAACGUUUAAUCAAUUUCCUUCGUCAUCGUCACUAG